ACGCCGCCUCACAUCUGUGGCGAGCCAGGCUGUGGCGUGGCGUCCAGUGGCCAUAAACCAAACAACCCAUCGCCGCCCUCCGUCUCCCUCGCGUCACUGCCGUGCCUCCGUCCUCUUCAUCCUGCUGCUCGCGACACCCGCGGGUGCGACUGCUGCCGGCGAUGAGGAGGAGCCCGCCGCCGCCCCUUCUCGCUGCUGCCGCCACCUCUCCUGACGCCGCCGCCGCACCUCUCUGACGCCGCCGCCGCGCCUCCUUCCGCCUACCGCCGCCGCCGCGCCUCCUUCCUCCUCCCCCCAGCAGUGCGGGCGGGGCGCGGGUGCUCCGCGGUGAGGUGCGGCGCCGGCGUGGCCGGCAGGCUGCGCCGAGAGUUACCUAUUUCCUCAGGAACCCUUGGUCUCUAAACUCUCUAGCAACUGGGCGCACCUCCUACUAACUACUCUCUACCAGCUCGCACGCAAGGUGUUUGUGGGAAUGUUCCUUCGGCAGCUGCAGCGCCAAGCGCGGCGGCAGUGCGCACCCCAUCCGCCUCGGGAUCUCCCCGGCCUCCUUCACCUCUUCCACUCGCCGUCCAUCGUCCCUCCUGAAGCCUCGACCACGCCCCCGCGCCGGUCUCCACCUGUGCGAGUACAAGGCUCGCCUUGCUCCAGUUCUGGCCCCCUUGGCUCCUGCUUCCGCAUUGAUGUGGUCGACUCCGACCUAUGGCCCGCGUCCCUGGGUUUUCUGCCGGAGCCUGCACCUGGCAGCGAGUUCACAGAUGACUUUCAGCAACACGAGGGUGAUGAGAUACAUGAUUCGGAUGACGAGAUCGAUGACAUGAGGCACCGCAAGAAGCUGUUCUACAAGCUGGACAGGGGCUCGCGGGAGUUUGAGGAGAAUAGCGUGCCCUUGCGUCGCAGCAGAAAGAGGGAGAAAGCCAACACCAAGAAUUCAAAGGAAUGCAUGAACGUGGAGCCUAUCAAGCCUGUUUCUGCCAAUGUUCCAAAGCUGAAGGCAAAGCGUUCAGCACGCGACGACAGCAUAGUUGAGGUGAAGCGGGAACGGGUGCCAACGUUCAACCAGAUGACCGAUCCUUACCACCACCCUUUCUGCCUUGAUAUACAUGUCACCAAAGGGUCAGUGCGUGCUUGCUUCGUGCACCGAGUGACCAGCAGGGUGGUGGCUGUUGCACACUCCAUAUCAAAGGAUAUGAAGUUUGAUCUGGGUUCAAGGAAGGGUAAGGGUUUGAAGGCCUGUGCGGCUGUUGGUGCCGUGCUUGCGAAGCGUGCCAUAGAGGAUGAUAUUCACAAUGCAGUGUAUACACCAAGGAAAGGAGAUAGGAUUGAAGGAAAAAUUGAGGUUGUGUUGCGUGCAAUAAUUGAUAAUGGAGUUGAUGUGAAGGUGAAACUGAAGCAAAGAAAGCCAAUAAAGGCGAUCGCCGCCCCCAUCACCCACCCUGCCGGAGAGCCUCCGCCUCGGCCUGCCCUCCACACGGACGGGGUGAAAUCGAGCAAAUCCACCCAGCCCCCGUGUGCAAAUCCCACCCAAAACCCCUCUCACGGUCCAUCCCCAUGCCGCUCGCCACGCUGCUCGCGCACCUCACGGCCGGCCGCUACGGCCGCGUGGUGGAGCUCACGGGCGGCGGCGCACCGCGUCCUGCGCCGCCUCCUCCGCACCGCGCCGCUGCCCCCUCUCCCGCACCUCGUCUCCCUCGCGCGGUGGUCGCGGGCCCACUUCCGCGCGCCGCUCCCGCUCCCGCUGCACGCCCUCCUCCUCGUCCGCCUCGCCUCCCGCGGCGGCGGCGGCGGCCACUACCCGCUCCUUCGCUCCGAACUGCACGACCUCGCGGUCGCGCGCCUCCACUCCCCGGCUUCCAUCCUCCGCGCCCUCUCCGGCUUGUCCCCGUCCGCGCCGCUCAUCGCCGACAUGCUCGUCCUCGCGCUCGCCCGGGAUCGCCAGCCGCUGGCCGCAUACGAGGCAUUCGUCCUCGCGGGCGCCGAAUACCCGCGCCACCGCCCCUCGGCCUUCUCCGUCACCGCCUUGCUGGCCGCCCUCGUCCACGCCGAUCGGGUCGACCUCGCCGAGAGGACGUUCAAGGCGGAGCUGCGGCGGCGCUUGUCGCCGGACGUGAUCACCUUCAACACCGUCAUCUCCGGGCUCUGCAAGAUCGGUCAGCUUCGCAAGGCCGGCGACGUCGUCAAGGACAUGAGGGCAUGGGGGCUGGCGCCCUCAGUGGUCACGUACAACACUCUCAUCGACGGGUACUUCAAGUCCCGUCAAGCGGGGAAGAUGUAUCAUGUCGAUGUGCUGUUGAAAGAGAUGAUCGAUGCCGGCCUUUCUCUGAAUGUGGUUACAUUCAAUUUGUUGAUUAAUGGGUAUUGUAAGGAAUCCAACAUUACAGCUGCAGUGAAGGUCUUCGAGGAGAUGAAGCAGCACGGGAUUGCCGCGAAUGUGGUGACAUACAUUUCACUUGUUUCCGGGCUCUGCGGUGAGGGGAAGGUGGAGGAAGGCAUGAAGCUGGUGAAAGAGACGGAGGAGCUGGGGUUGGCAUGCCCUGUGCCUAUCCUGAACUGUGUGCUGAAUGGGUUUUGCAAGAAUGGCAUGAUGGUGGAAGCUGAGGACUGGAUUGAUGGUAUGGAACAGAGUGACAUGAAACCCAAUGUGAUUACUUACAGUACCUUGGUCAAUGGAUACCGCCGUCUGGGAAAGAUGGAGGAGGCGGUGGCAGUGAAGGAGGCAGGGAAAGGGAUUAGUCCAAAUAUUAACAUAUAUAAUUGCUUGUUAGCAGGGUUUACGAGUAGUUGGGAUUGGAGCAGUGUUUCAAGCCUUCUCGAUGAGAUGAAGGAGAAAGGUGUGAAAGCAGAUGUUGUCACUUAUAAUGUGCUUAUUGGCGCGCUUUGUUGCAAAGGUGAGGUCUGGAAAGCAGUAAAGCUCUUGGAUGAGAUGUCAGAGGUUGGUUUGGAGCCAAAACAUCUGACCUACAAUACCAUUAUAGAAGGGUUUUGUGAGAAGGGGGACUAUAAAGCUGCCCAUGAAAUUAGGAGUAGGAUGAACAGAUGUAAGAAACGGGCGAAUGUGGCCACAUAUAAUGUGUUUCUCAAGUACUUCUGCAAGAUGGGCAAGAUGGAGGAGGCUAAUGAGCUCCUGAAUGAAAUGUUGGAGAAAGGUCUAGUUCCAAAUAGGGCCACUUAUAAAAUAAUCAAUGCAGGCAUGGUAGAAAAAGGCUUUGUGCCUGAUAUAAGAGGAUUUGCAGCAGAUAUUUCUAAGAGCUUGACAUCUUCCUGAAAGUACUAUUUCUAAACAUCAGACAGAAUGCUGAGAACUUGAGGAUUGGAUGCAAGCAUUUCUCCUACUUCAUCUACAGACCUGUGGAUCUGAGAAUGGCAACCCGGUGCUGGGUUGAAAGUCUAGAAGAUUGAUCAUGUUUUGAGGACUGGAGAUGAAGGCAUUUAAAAGACCAUCUGGCGUUUCUUUUCACUGGGUACUGCAAAGGUGCAUGUUUAUGUUUAGUUGGUUUUCAGGAAUCUCAUCUAUGCAAUGCACAAUAUACGACGUCGUUGCUUGACAUGUCAUGAUGCUAGCAGCCCAAAAGAACACUUAGCUUAUCAUCAGAUCAAGGCUUGCAUACCCCUUUCUGUUGAUUUAUACAAUGUGAGUCAGUCGAUGGCAAUCUCAUGAGAAAAUAGGGCACUGGAGUGCCUUGUGGUUAUCAUCAAAACCCAACUCCUGCGGUUGCUUGAACAAAUGUCACAUGAUUGAUUAUUCCAUGUUCGAGGCAAUAAUCUUCAUGAGUCAUGACAAAUGGAGCUUUUGACAAUUCCUUUGAGAAGGUACCACUGGUAUUGCAGUAUCUAUCAUGUAAGUAGACCCAUCCCAUCAGUAUGAUGCCGCAUGACUUCGAUGUUCGGCCUAUUAAGCAGGCCCUUUGUAUGGUCCUGGCUUAUGUACUUGACUAUGUGUGCUAUAGUUGUCGAUUGACAGAUAUUGUGAUGAGCAUCUCAUCUUUUACUACUUGACUGUACAAGAAAAAUAUACUUGUGGCAAGAGAGUUAUAUUUUGAUCA